UCGUUAUCGGUGCGGUCACUCUGUUCACAAGGUUUGUUUAUGAUUAACUUAUAAUAACAGAUAAUUAGUAAAAUGGCGGAUGAUUUACAAAACUAUAAAUUGCAGUUGCAACAGGUUGAAGCAGCUCUUCAAACUGAUCCAGAAAAUGACGAGCUUUUAAAACUUAGAAGUGAUCUUGGCGAAGUUAUCGCUCUAACUCGCGAUCUGAUACAAACUCAACUAGAAGAACAACAUAAAUCUUCAUAUGUGGAGCCGUCUUCAACUAAAACAGCGUCCUCCAAUUAUUUCGACGAAAUCGAAGCUGCCCUUUUAGAGGCAGAAAAGUUGGUCUCAGCUGCUAAAAUUUGGAAGAUAGGAGAUAAAUGUCAAGCUAAAUGGAAGGAAGAUCGUCAGUACUACGACGCAACUAUAGAAGAUAUAUCAAGCCAAGGAGAAGUAAAUGUAAUAUUUGAUGCCUAUCAAAAUCGAUCUACGACACACGUCAACGAGCUGCGAGAGCGAACUACUCGCAACGAAGUUUUUCCUUCUAACAAGCGACACAGACCCAAUCAAAAGGAAUAUUUAAAGAAACGAAAGCAAAAAAAACAACAGAGAUUCAAAGAUUUGGAAGAGGAACGUGAAUCCGACAAAAAUAAAUGGCUAAACUUUACCACUAAAAAUCAAAAAAAAAACGGUAUGAAGGCGAAAAGUAUAUUCGCCUCUCCAGAUAAUGUAAGCGGCAGAGUAGGAGUCGGUACGUGUGGGACUGCAGGAAAAGGAAUGACUGAUUUUACAGUGGGCGAAAAAUAUAGAAAGGGUCUUUAAACUGUUAAAUUAAUUUCCGGCAAAAAAAAUGUAAAAACACUUAGAUAUUUAUAGAUAUGGAAACAAAGCAGAUUUUCAGAUACCCGUUACUAAGCUACCCAUGUUUAAAAUAAAUUUAUUUUUAAAUAGAGGCAAAAAAACUUGA